AUGAAGUGGUCCAACAUCACACGACCGCUCUUGUGCCUUUCUUUAGCAUGCAUGAUCACAAGCUCUGGGGCAGAGGUUCAACGUAGCCGAGACUCUGUAGACGAUCCUUUUGGGGUGGACCCCUUUGAAGACGAUCCUUUUGAGAAGGACCCCUUUGAAGACGAUCCUUUUGAGAAGGACCCUUUUGACGACGAUCCUCUUGAGGAGGACCCCUUGGGUAAUGGUCAAGAAUCCCAGGUCCCAGAAGGCUCCUGCAUGAGGUCCUUCGCGGCUCCCUCCAUCGAGGAUAUGGUCCUCAACUCUUUGCAAAUAUGCUGUGAUCAAGAAGAAGAUGCUCACGAGUCCCUCAUGAGGGAUUUCAAGUCUAUUGUUGACAGUGCAUUUAAUCUUCUGGAGCAAUACUGUGGCAAGUCCUGUGGACCCCGCGCUCCGCCUUGCCUUUCUCUUCCGCUUAACCCACACACGAUCCUUACCGUUGAGCCCUCUCUUGAGCUCAAAGACUUUCCUAAGCACAUCCUUAUUGAAGAACCUGGGGUAUAUGAUUUCGAUACCUGGCUUGGCCCGAUGGAUUCUGGAUUCGAGUUGUUUAUUUACCAACAUGAACUUCCUCCUCGACACACUACACUUGGAAAUUUCUAUCUGGUUCCGGCAGGUACCAAAGCAGCAGAUCUACAAUACCGCUCGGUUGAAUUCGCUGAAUUACAAUUCCAUGCAGCCUGUGGUGACGACACACCUUGCAUCAGCGAUCAAUCAACGCCCUGGACUUCUCAUUACUUCGAGGCAGCUCAACCGCUUGUCCUGGAUUUCAGUGUCUACGACAAAGAUAUGGUUAUCACCGUCGCCGAUUUAAACACCGCCUUAGAGCAACACGCUGUCUUGAUUGAUGGCACCGAGGUAGGACGUACACAUGGGCCGCUGUCUCUCAAAAAUCAAGGGGAAGAUAUAUACGAUACAGCUAAGAUAACAGAGAUCGUUGUGGGCGGACCGCCUGAUGGUAGUGUUAAGUCUGUCCUUGGACAAGGGUUCUGGGGUUCUUUCAGGGUUCCCAAAGGGUCAAAGUCCGUUACAAUUAAGAUAACACAUCCAAGUAGCGGCGUAGCAGGCUAUCGCAUUGACCAGGGCUGUGAGACCAAAGGAGCUGGACACAAGGCGCUCCAUGUCCAAGCUUGA